AUGAGCUGCCAAGCAUUUGCUUCCUCAGACACCUUUGUGCCCUUGAAUUCUGACUCUUCUCCCUCUCUGCCUCUGAUAAUGCAUCACAGCGCUGCAGAGUGCCUGCAGGUCUCCAACCAUACCACCAAUGUUGUGUCUACAGCCCCAUCUGUUUUCUCUUUGCUCCCAACUCGUGCGUGCUCGUGCAUUGGCUUUGCUGCGACAACGCCGGGACGCCCUUGGCCAGGCCUGCACUACUCCGUGCCCUCCUGUCACUAUGGGAAUCAACCUUCCACCUACGGGGUGAUGGCAGGCAUUAAGCCUGCAACUCCAGAGAUGCUCUCAGCAAGUCUCUCCCAGACUCGUAUCUUACAGACAUGCAGCAUGCCCCACGCCAAUGUGGUAAAUGGUGUCAGCACCUUGCAAAGUGGCCUGACCCCUUGCCUGUACAAGUUCCCGGAGCACGCGCUGAGCGCCAGCUCCUGUGCCCUGGGCCACGGCUUCACCCCGCUGCCCCAGCCCCUCCUCACGGACGAGCCCGCUGCCACGGACUUCAAGCAGGAGUUCCGCAGGAAGAACAAGCCUGCGGAGGAGCCCGUGGACAUGGACUCCCCUGAAAUCAGGGAGCUGGAGAAAUUUGCCAACGAGUUUAAGCUGCGGAGAAUCAAGCUGGGUUAUACACAAACCAACGUUGGAGAAGCCCUGGCUGCUGUGCAUGGCUCCGAGUUCAGCCAGACAACGAUUUGCCGCUUUGAGAACUUGCAGCUGAGCUUCAAGAAUGCGUGCAAACUGAAAUCCAUCCUGUCCAAGUGGCUGGAGGAAGCAGAACAAGUGGGAGCUUUGUACAAUGAAAAAGUUGGAGUGAAUGAACGGAAGAGGAAGCGCAGAACCACUAUAAGCAUCGCUGCCAAAGAAGCCCUAGAGAGGCACUUUGGAGAACAAAGUAAGCCAUCUUCUCAGGAAAUUAUGAGGAUGGCUGAGGGGCUCAAUCUUGAGAAGGAAGUCGUGAGAGUUUGGUUUUGCAACAGAAGACAAAGGGAAAAAAGAGUGAAGACCAGUUUACACCAGAAUGCCUUCAGUUCUAUUAUCAAGGAGCACCAUGAAUGCCGGUGAAGCUUUUCCACGUACACAUGUGGAUUUCUGUUUUGCUUUUUGUAAAUACUGUAACUACUGUGUUGUUAAAAAAAAAGAGAGAAAUCAGUCAACUCCUCGUUCCUCCUACAUGCUACCAGCAGCUGUAGCAUGGGAAGAAUUUUGCUUCAUUAAUUGAGGCACUGUGAGCUUGCCAGGACAGAGGUGUCACACUGCUCCUACUGCCUGCCCUGUCUCAACCCAACAGUUGACUGCCUUGACCUGGUGUCAAGUAGAAGUGGCUCAGAUAAUGCUUGUUAUAAAAGGUAAUUCUUGCUAAUUUGUUAUGUGCCUCAAAGUUUGGUUUGGGUAGGCUUAACUAUAAAAACAGGUAUACAAUUUAUCUGACCUUAGGACUUUGUGGCCUGAGGGGGAAGAAAAAUAGUUAUCGGGAGUUUUAUUACAUUGGUCUUUCUCUGCAUUGUACUUUCUUCUGAUUAAAACCAUGUGUGGACUUACUUACACCAGAGAUGGUGUGUUAAGCUAAAAAGCAUACAAAAGAAGAAUUUACUGCACUGCACAUUCCCCCUCUACUACACCCCACUAAUUGAAAAUAAUCCCUUAAUUUGUCAUCCUCCUGCCUAGAGAUAAUCGAGGGGAAAAAAUACCAGUGCCAGAGCUCCACCUAUCAGGCAGGCACUGAGAAAACUGAAUUAAUGACUCUAGUACUCACCAGGGAUAGAUUAUCCAGCCAUCUCAUCAGCCCUGCUCAUUGUUAUGGGAAUUAGCCCAUUACCAUAUAAGUAUUUUGACUGUUUUCCCAGGACUGAAAUUAAGUGAGUACACGCAAGUAGUACUGGCCAGAUGCAUUUUAUUUUUCCAUAAAACAAACCUGAUGAUUUAGAAAAUGUCUAUAUAAUAGGCCCACAGAAAGCCAAAGGAGUUUAAUGUUCAAGACCACUUAGGAGCAGCAUGUACAAGUUAAGUGCUCACUCUCCAGUGUACAUUAAAUUAUCUCUUAUACUUAUUACAGUGAUUGUAAGCAUAUUCAACAAUGGAAAUCAGGCUCCUGGAUUUCUAAAAGAAAUACAUUUUUAUGGAUGAAUGCACCAGUCUAAGCCCUUAACUGAGAAGAAAACUUCAAUUUAAUAACUCAAAGGGGACAAACUGUGGCUAUGUACUCCCUUCAGGCUGCUCUCAUCCCUAGCAUAGCUCACCCUCUAUAGCAGAGACCAAGUUGUGCAUACUUUUAUCCACCACAGGUUACCAGCAGGUCAUGAACUUUACAAAAAGAGUUCAGCUGAGAGAAUCAGCACUCAGCAAAGGUGGUGGCAUGCACUGGUGUAUCUUUCAAGUGAUGUAGUCAAAUGUUAUGUAUGUUGAAAUCACUAUCUGGUAUAUAAAAACUUUAUUUAUAUUCUAAAUUAUUUUCUUAAUUAUAAAAGGCUUCCUAGAGAUGCUAACAGCCUGUACUUCCCAACCUCCUCAUCCAAUAAAGUAUUCCUAUACUUUUGGCACUCCAGGCAAUGGUUUGUAGCUCUGUUCUGGUAACACUUUAUUCUUUUUAGCUGUGUGUCAUGCUGAAGUGUAUUUUAGAAUGCUCUAACAGAUAGUUCCAGAGCAGCCUCACUGUAACAUGGUGGCCUCUUGCCCCUCAAAAAGUCUCACAAGUGAAAGAUAAUUGCAGCAACAGAGUAAAAUAAAAUUAAAGGUGACACAUAAUAAAAUUGUCUUGCAAAGGAAUGACAAAAGGCCAGCUGGGGGAAGCAGCCACCAUUUAAACACACCUAUCUGCUGCCACAGCAACGCAAACAAAUUAGAAUUAUUUAAAGAAGAAAAGCUGGAUUAAAACAAUUUCAACUGCUGCAGCUGCAGCUUUACUUACAGAAAGUAGCAAUUUUUUUUUUUUCUCUAGGAACAACUUAGUUACCAGCAAUUACUCUUGAUUGGGGUGGGGGGGUGAGGACCCAACCUGCAUAUAAGGCAGGAUUUCCAAGGAGCAGCUCUGUGAACCUGCAGGAGUUUAGUUGGCCAUUCAGCCAAGCUGGGCUGUGCUGUUUUUGAGGUAUUUGUGUAGAUUUUUUUUCUUGCUCUUGUUUUCCCCAUGGUAAUUUUAGGCAGGGUAUUAAAACCACACAAAACAAGGUGUUAUCACAACAUUUAAAUUUGAGGUUCAGCUGUCUCUGAAGAACUGUGAUGCCCUCAUGUGAGGGACACAACUACCAAGCACAGGCUAAGCUGCUGAGACAAGGUAAGGUGAAUAACUUGAAGUUGCCCUCUGCUAGACUUAAUAUGUGUGCAUUGGAUGCUACAGAGUCUUUUCAAUUAUGAACUGUACUAAAAAACUGAUGGAGGCAGGCUGUUCACCUUCAUAAAAGAACUAGGAAUAAAUAGAGGAAGAUGGAAAGAAGCUUAAAACAAAACAAAGUGGUGUUUUUUAACAUGGUUGGAAAAAAACCAUGUGGGUGGCCAGAAGUUCCUUGUAUGGAGGAGUUCUUGCAUGAGAAAGCGAAUUAGAGCUGGUGUGUGUAGAACUUGCAAAGGGCUCUGGAUGUACUUUAUUUUUGAAACAGAGAUUGGAAGAGUAUUAAUGGAGGAAGCAUCAUCCAUGCUCAUUGUGUUCUUAUUGCUCCCCUGGGAACUGCUUCUGGGCACUUGAGGAAAAGGACUCUGGGUAGAACCAUUUUUAGGUGUGUGCACAACUAUGUCAUUGCUCCCAGAUGGAGACUCAGAUCCAGUUCCUAUUUAGGUGUGAGCAAAGAUAAAGGAUGGUCAAGAUUGAGUGGUUUCACUGGGGUUUUUUUUUUAAAUCACUCAAAGUGAUUUUUUUAGACUGAUCCAACAUACUGACCAUAAUUGCAGACACAUGACAAGCCUGCAAAACUACACCACUUCCCACUCUGCUGCCCAAAGAUUUUUACACAGGUUAGAGCUGCAGGAUUGAAAAGGUAACUUGUAACAAACCAUGGAAUUGAUAUUAACACCAGCACUAGUUCAGCAGUCUUAACAGCACCAAAAAAGCAAUACCUUUCUUCCUGAUCCUCAAGAGAAGAACUCAUUAUGGAAUUAUGCCAAAUUUUUACAGUUAUUAAAAUAAUCAACUGCAUUCCUCAUUCAGAAAGGACCCAAACUACAACCAACCACUAACAUUUUAUCCCUGUGUUCACAUUAUGAUUUCUCUUUCAAUACCACAGAGCAGUACUUGGGCAUGAGGUUCCAGACAAGGGAAUGCAAACUUGAACAAGUCUUUACUGAAUAUUAAAUCAAAGGCCCAUGAGCAACUACAAUAAAUAUUGAUGGUGCUUUAUCAAAGCAAGUCAAAGAAAUAUUUAUCAGAGCUCACAAAGAAAGUCCAGUAAGAGACAGAUGUGUAUGACUAACCCUACAGAGGACAAAGUCAUUGUGGGAUAAAAAGCCUUUUAUUAGAUUUUUACAAAAUAACUUGUAAAAAAAAAAAUCACCCCAUAUUGGAUAUAUGCAAUAUAUUAACUUACACAUUCCUAUCCACUACCUGACAGAAUCAGUUUUGCAUUAUUUCUUUGAAAGAGAAAGAACACCUGCAAUUCCAGGCCUAAAACCUGAGGAAGGCUCUCCUAUGAGUUCUCUUUGCUGACUUCAGUCCUGAACAGUAGAUGGUGCAACAACCGCAGAUUCACUGAGGUUUCCUGCUACACUUUGCCCAGCAGCAAAGUCUCUUUUAUGAGGUUUGUUCCCCCCCAGUUCUCCUAGUUUUGCUUUUAGGAGGUAUUUUGAUUUUCUCUUUUUAAAGACAAGAUGAUUGUUGUUUCUGUUCAAUGAGCAGCACCACUAAACCAACACUGAGUGGUAAGUAUCUCCAGCAGAGUUAGGGCUGAGGAAUAUCACACCAUCCAGAAAGUAAUAACUGGAAACUGCAUUCUCAUUUUUGUCUAUUUCCAGUAUCAACAGUUCUUAUUCCUUAGCACAAUGCAUACUCCAUAUAAAGCUAGAAUUGUGUUGAUGCAGUUCAGAGACCAUAGAAAAACCUUCACAGAACCAGAAUGCUUUUAUUAUAGUGUUUAGAGAAGUAGUUAUCAUUUAUGAUCUAAAAUUGCCCUCAAAACUAAUAUUUAGAUUUAGUUUAUCAAUGUGAUCAGUUGCAUCUUAGCAAACAAUACAAUUAUGCAGUUAUCUUCCAUUAAGAAGUACUGUAAAAUAUAUACAAAUGUUGCUUCAGGCAAAUGUCCUUUUUUCAAGUGCACAAGUUGCAUUUCUGAAUGAGUGCACCUCUCCACUUCAGCACUGAAUCCCAUCAAGUGUACAGAGAGGUCUCACCAAAGCAUUUUGUAAAACCAUCCUAAUUUUCAAGUUUACUCACCUUUUCAAAGACUCCUUCUGAAAGAAAAUCACAAAGGUAUAAGAUUUAUAUACAUAAAGGCACAGCAAUUCUGUUGAAACCAGCUAUGUUACAGUACAAUAGAGUUCAAUCAGUGCCUUUCAUGCAACAAAUUUCACUAAUAAAUGUAACUCCUCUUCCAGAAAAAUUAACUGCACAAGGAGUGUAUCCUUCCCUCCUGGUAAGAAGAAUAACAAGCUAUUAUUUCAUCAGCUCAAAAGGAAUUUUGAAGAAAUACAUAAAAUGCUUUUUCUUUCUGCCUAAAUUAGCUGCACAUUCAAAGCUAUUUCUCAUGGGAAAAAAAGUUUCAUGUGUGCUAAGAGAUGAGAGACUAAACAUUUCUCUAAUGAUAGCUUUGUAAAAAUGAUAAAUAUUACAUAGGUGCUGUCCUAGGAAGUGGUAUGACCAGCCACAGAAUAGCCAGUUCUAGACACAGAUCAGGAACAGAGAUGGAAGAAAACUCUGAAUCCAAAUGACAAAUCUGGAUCAGGUGUAAGUGAAUUAAUUGUUAGAACUAGACCCCUAGCUGGUCCAGAGUCAAAAAGACUCCACGCAAUGGAUAAAAAAAAGUACUUUUCU